AUGUCAAAUCAGGGGGACAUUUGCCCCAAACCCAUCCCCGCGUUUCUCUCUCCUAAACCCAUAAUCUUCAUAACAAAAUCACCCAAAUUUUGUGUUUUAGGGUUUUGAGCAUUCGAUUUACCCUCUCAACUGAUCAAAUCUGGAUUGAAAUUUCGUCAAUGUUGUUUUAGUUUCUUCUAGAUCUGGUUGCACGUUCUUCAAUGUCUUCGCUGGUGUCUGACGACGGAUCAUUAUGACAAUCUGUAGUGUAAAAUGAACGAAAAGGAGACUUUCAGGAUGAAAACGAAGCCACCUCUUGUACCGCUUGGGACUCUGAUUAGGCGUGAGCUUAGGCAUGGGAAUGUAGAGAAACCUACCGUCAAUCAUGGACAGGCCGCACUGGCAAAGAAAGGGGAGGAUUAUUUCUUGAUCAAGCCUGAUUGCCAGAGAAUUCCUGGGAAUCCGUCAACAUCUUUCUCAGUUUUUGCGAUAUUUGAUGGGCAUAAUGGUAUAUCAGCUGCCAUAUUUGCAAAGGAAAAUUUGUUGAACAAUAUUUUAAGUGCGAUUCCUCAAGGAUGUGGCCGUGAAGAGUGGCUUCAAGCACUUCCUAGAGCAUUGGUUGCAGGGUUUGUAAAAACUGACAUAGAGUUUCAACAGAAAGGUGAGACAUCUGGGACAACUGUUACAUUCGUUGUGAUUGAUGGGUGGACCAUAACUGUUGCUUCUGUUGGGGAUUCACGAUGCAUACUGGACACGCAAGCUGGUGUGGUAUCACUAUUGACAGUUGAUCAUAGGCUUGAAGAGAACGUUGAAGAAAGGGAGCGAGUGACAGCGAGUGGGGGUGAAGUAGGACGCCUUAAUAUUUUUGGAGGGGAUGGGGUUGGUCCGCUUCGCUGUUGGCCUGGUGGGUUGUGCCUCUCAAGGUCUAUUGGCGAUACAGAUGUUGGGGAGUUUAUUGUCCCAAUACCUCACGUCAAGCAAGUCAAGCUCUCAAAUUCUGGGGGGAGACUUAUAAUUGCUUCUGAUGGUAUCUGGGAUGCUUUGUCAUCUGACGUGGCUGCUCAAUCUUGCCGUGGAUUGCCUGCAGAACUUGCUGCCAAGCUUGUUGUCAAGGAGGCUCUUAGGUCACGUGGACUAAAAGAUGACACAACCUGCCUGGUUGUUGAUAUCAUCCCAUUAGGCUAUCCAGUCCUGCCUCCAACACCCAGAAAGAAACAAAAUCUUCUCACUUCACUCAUUCUCGGAAAGAAAUUUCAGAACUCUAUUAAUAAAGCACCAAAUAAGCUUUCAGCUGUUGGGGUAGUAGAGGAACUAUUUGAAGAAGGUUCUGCAAUGCUUGCAGAAAGGCUGGGAAAAGAUUUGGCUUUAAACUCAAACUCAGGAAUGUUUAGAUGCGCAGUUUGUCAAGCGGAUCAUGAUGAUGUAUCUGGAACACCAUCAUCACAUUCACAGCCGUGGGAAGGACCGAUGUUAUGUUCAAAGUGUCGGAGAAAGAAAGAUGCAAUGGAAGGGAAAAGGUCAACGUAAUCUGCUACAGCUACUGCUACUGCUACUGCUGCAACUAAGCUUUAUGUUUUGGAAGCGCGGCAUGAAACUUGAGCCCGGAUUGCCUUUAUCACACAAGGCAUAGGAUCGUGUAAGAGAUUUGGACCCUUGAUCAUCUUUAAUCUCAAACCUACUCAUGAAUUUCGCUUGAUACGGGGAUUAAUCUGGACAUCUCAUCUUAAUGUGCAUCUAAAGAUGGAGUUCCUAACCUAACCCUAAUCGUCCUUUUUCAAAAGAAAAACAAUUAAUUCAAGAAGCGCAAAGUUUAAAUGCUCGAUGAUUUUAGUAUUCAUAUACGAGUGCAAACCGUUAUUGGUUUUGAGUUUGUUCGUUUCUUGGAUUGAUCUUGACGCGUUUUCUACUUGUUUGCUUUGGCUGUGAUCCAUGUAUUGUAAGCAUGCAUUAACCA